AUGGAUUCAGACUGCCAAUCCAGCAGGUCCUCCUCACCUGAGUUUGAGAAUGGAGAAAGUCCUAAAUAUUUGCCUGGACAAAUGUUACAGACAAUACGUUCAGGACAGAAGAUGACUUCACGAGGGAAAGUGAGAGCUAAUAGAAAUGAAAUUCCCCAGGAGAAUCUACAUGAUCUACGCCUGAAAGUAAACAGUCGUGAACGACAACGAAUGCAUGACCUGAAUCAAGCCAUGGAUGGUCUGAGGGAAGUCAUGCCAUACUCUCAUGGUCCCUCUGUUCGGAAGCUGUCCAAGAUCGCAACCCUGAUGUUGGCACGUAACUAUAUCCUAAUGCUAACCAACUCCUUAGAAGAGAUGAAGAAACUGGUGAGUGAAGUCUAUGGAGGUCAGCGUGCAUCUGGCUGUGCCAGCUCUUUGCCCCUCCAUCACUUGGGACAUCUACCUCCAGUUAUGGGCACUAUGCCUCCUUCGGACAUUACCACUUACCUGGGUUUAGUAACUCCUAACCACAGACACAACCCUGCUGCUGUUAACCAUUUAUCAGGACUUCUCUGUCCAAGCGCUAUGUGUCAGCCUCUUCCACAUCCUCUGUCAAGGACUGUUGCCAACUAUCCGGCUCCAUGCCCAGGAAAAUGAUAUCCAAAGUUCUACAAAAACAAAAAAAAAGACUGUUGUAUUUCUGUAGACUAUAUUCUUGAACUCUGCCAUGUUUAAACUUGUUCUUUUGUAAAGACAUGUUACACAUCUGUGUCCAGCCUUUGAUUUCCACAAAUGACUAAAGACAAUGUAUUUAAUAAUGUCUAAAGAAACAGUGGUUGAGCCCCUCAAUAUGUACUUGUGGCUUGUACUUGGAAAAACACUUGCUGCUUAGUGUUGCUAUUACAGAAACAUUGCUGUCGCCUUUUGGGAUUGAAAUGGGAAUGGGAGAAUAAGGCAACUGAAAUGUCAUAUUAUGUAU